AUGCCUCUACCGAACUCCCAAGACACUGUGGCCUCGCAAAGUCUCGCCCCUGCGCUCCUGACUUCUGUCUCCCUCGCCAAGGUCGACAAGGGACAUCUCAUCCAAUCGUACAUCCGUUCGCAGAGGACAUAUCGCAGCUAUUUCUCUCAGGAGGGGCACAAGGCACGGUUAGCAUGGGAUAAAGAUGGCUGUGAUGGCCAAGAAGAGGUGGAAACAGGAUUCAGCACACCGACGCUGAAGGCCAGGGUCCCCGAGCCCAUCAAGGACAAAGCGAAAGAUAUACAGAGAGGAAGGAACCAGAAGGCGGCAGUAAACUCCUCCGACGAUGAACACCAGCCGUCGGAAGUCUCAAGCACCAUGACGCCUCUUGCCACGCAGACUAAAUCAAAGAGCAAAGCCGUCCCAGAAAAUCAGCAACCGCGUAAGGAUAGGAAUACAGCCAUUGCUCGACCUCGCUCGCCCAACAAGCUGGACCAGUACCUCGAGCCUACGGAGAGUCAAUCGAAGAAGACCACGCGCAAGCGUGAACGAAGUCCUAAUUCGGGGUCUGAACGUGAACGGAUCUUAGCAGACAGGCGGGAAAGACGUCGUGCCAAGAAGGCGAUCAUUGAGCCCAGACGACGCAGUGAAGAGGCAAACAAUAGAGAAAAUUCAUCGGCGGCUCGAAAGCGAGACAAGAAAGACAGCAAGAGUAGUAUGACAAAGAGUAAGGUGACGAACCUGGCCGCAGGGCUUGCUCUCAUGCAUGGCUUUUCUGCUACGAACAUCGGGAGAGCCAGACUGACGUUGAAGCCCUCAUAUGGCGUAUUCCACAAGGGCAAAGCUUCCGCGAAGACCUCGGUUUCUAAAUCUAAGAGGAGGCCCUUAACGGCUGCAUGGUCUGAACUUGAAUUUCUUGGCCAAAUCAGCAAACCAACGGAGAGAAACCCCACAACUAAUCGCAGGAGUCGAAGUUUGGACGAUGUGAGGUCAGGCUCAGAAGAUGACGCUCUGAGUCGCUCCUCCAGGGCAAGCUGCAGGCGACCGAAGAAGAAAUUCAAGAUCUGUAACAACGGGUACGACGAGUCCUCCAAGAAGACCAAGGCACAGAACCCGACCGCUGAAGAAGACAACAUUGACCAAGAGGACGUCGCUCAGGUUUCCGAAGAUGAACGCAUGGAAGUAGCAGCUGGCGGACUAUCUCCACACCCAAGAGCCGAGUCUCCUGUCUGGGAUAUCGAGAGAGCUAGUUAUUUGUUGGACGACUCACGGGAUGCCGUCUCCGAUACCCAGGUUUCCAAGGUUACUCCCUCGAACGCUCCCACGAAGAACGAUACUGUCAUCCUCGACAUUGGGGCCCGAUGGAAUUCGCAAAACUCCUCUUACCAAUCAACUUCUCAAAAGCAAGCUCCUCAGAACGUUCCGGACGACCCCAUGCGCUACAACAAUAAUCUGAACGCAACGAAGUCUUGUGUUUCGCUGUGUCCGUCACAGUCUGCGUCCCAACGCGCCGGGCCACAUUCGACUGAGGUGAUUCCAGCUCCAGGCUUGACUCGGUCAAAGUACUUUGGGGCGAUUUCCGCGCUUCGAGAGCCAGAUAGUCUGGUGGUUCGUGCCGAUACUGGUGACUGGAACUUGACUUCGGACAAUAACCUCUGCACCGCCCCUGCGCCCCGAAACGUGGCGUCGGUUCUUCACCAUGUACCUCCCUUGGCUAUCGCUGCCGAUGACUCUGUCGACUCGCUAGAAAAUGAAGACCCUACUGCCCUCCCAGUGCCUCAGGAUCAAUCCCCCUCUCGGCACCGGCCUGUUUCCCCUGUAGAUAUUUGUGGCGCUCAGUUCAGUUCUCCGGCUCUUUCAUAUCUGACACUGGACUACGAGCCGGCAAACGACACUGGGGCCCUUGAGCCUGCGCUUCGAGGACGGCCCGAUCCUGGUUCUGUCUAUCGUCAACAACGAGAUGGCUUCACUUAUGCAAGUAGACCAAUACUAGACGAGGACGAAUGGGUUGAAUAUUACUCGGACGCUAUGUAUGACCCCGACUACGACCACCGCGCCGUUUCCCGAGUCGAUAUCCCUGCGGAAGACUCGUACUGUGUCUAUGAUACUGUCUCAGAUUUUCCUAAUGUACGUGAAGAUGCGCCGGACUAUUCGCUCGACAUGGAACAGCUCAGUAGCAUCGUGGUGGAGUUCGGACCGCCGCCUUAUGAAGACAUACCACAGCUAGAUUCGGGCUCAUCUUUGUUGGGGGACCAAGUGCGUGCUUUUGACGCGGAUAUGGACCUUAGACGUCAUCCGGAGUUCCUGGAAGAAGAUCACGAGAUUGGAGAAGAUUUUGCCUGGGACCCUGCGGGAGCCCUUGACUCUGAGCUGCUGGCUGGCGCUUUUCACGACAACGAAGAGAUGGACGGUGCGCCACCCGCGUCCGGUGACUUCAUUUGCAGGGAGGAGUCACCGUCGCCGUCUUCAUCUACGGCCGAAUCGUUGGCGAAUCCCGACACCGCGGUCACGUGCUCGCGUUUCCCUUCAAGCUCUGCGGCGCACUUACUGUUGCGCAGCGGCGUCGGAGUGGAGAGCGUUGUCGGGUGGGCUCCAAGCGUGGGGCGCGCGAUGACGCAGCAGGCGGAAACGAUGUUCCCGACGGUAUCGAAGGUGGAGGAAGACGUCGCCAAGGGCUUGCGCGACCAUUGGUUGCCGCAGCGAUUAUGA